AUGCUUGCCACAACUGCCGUUUCAGGAGAGGAACACGAGGUUGUGUUGGAGGUCGCUGAAGCUGGCUCGCCCUUUGCGGCCCUGCUGGAGAGUGUAGACUUUGUAAAGUCCAGAGUCGAUUUCGGGAAGCUGGCGGCCAUGUGGGAAAACAACGGUCUCUUUGGUAAGAAUUGUAUCCGUUUGAUUCUCAUUACUGUAGUUGCUAAGUAACCUGAAAUGGGCACAGAUUGAAGAGGCCAGGCAAUUUCUUCAGUUGGUCCCCAAAUAGACAAAUCGCCCCAGAAGGUGGCCAGGUAAAAGUCUGGGCUCGAAAGAAAGUAUAAUUUUUACCCUUAACUCUUGUUUCACUUACAUUCAGAAGCCUUUAACCUCUACUACACGGAUAAGAGUUGACCGGAGGAGUUCGGUUCACUCAACAGCAAACGACUAACGUGCAAUCGUACAGGCAAACGGGACUUGUACUUCAGUCAUUCAGCUGCAAUCCAAUUAGCUAGCUGCGCAUAUAAAGAAUCCGUGGUUGGAGAGAUUAGGAGAAAUGGCAUUUCAAAACAGCUAAGGGAAGAAAUUAUACAUCAGUGACAAUGUUUUACAUUAAGAGACCGAUACUGAUGCCACUUCAAAUACGGUGAUCACACACCUCCAGACGACGUCCACUCCGACGUCUUCCAUGUCCUUUUCCUUGUGCGACUCCUCUGGGGCGGAAACAGGAACGUCAGAUAUUCAUACAGCUGCAGGUAUUCUUCUUCAUCCACGUCCACUUGACUCGUGUAAAUCGUGGCUUUAA